AUGGAUUCCAUUCACAAUAUCUUAGUAGUAUUGAGAGCUUCCUUCCCCAAGAACGAUGGAGCGAAUCAUUUUUAUUCCCAAUGGAACCGAUGCGCUGCACUUCAUCAUCACAUUCAGGCUCUAAAAGACAAAGUGGUUGCCUUGAAAGCCACAGAGCCAAUCGACAAUGAUGAUCAGGAGUUAUAUACUGAGCUUAUUCUUAAUGACAUUUGGUAUAUGAUAGAGAUCCAACAGUUUUUGGAGGCCGAACGCUCUCUCUUGUCACUUUUAGAGACCGCGGAGAAUGAGUCCGAAUUGGCUGCCAAAGUCCACCGAAACCUAUUAGGGCUUUAUGAGAGAACUGGCCGCAGCAUUCUUGCUAAAAGUUCUGCGUCCUCGGAGUGGGCCAUUGUUGGUAGCAAUUCGCGAGAUAUGAGCAACAAUGCUGCUAAUGCCUGGAGCAAUAUGGGCUACACAAGAGUUUCUGCCUUCGAGGCCUCAGACGGGGUAUUCUAUCUUGACAAAGCGAUUUCGAUAGCUAAGGAUGUACCUGAGCCGAGCCGCUACCAACAGUUUAACCUUGACCGCUUUUUACGAAAUAGAGGACGCGCAUACCAGCAAAUGCGCCGUUUUGAAGACACCUUACGUGACUUUGAUGAGGCGGAAGAAUAUCAGAAGAAGAUCCAUGGACCAAACAGUCACUAUUAUGGAGAAACUCAAUAUGAGCGUGCCAAAAUUGAAGCCUGGCGUGGUAAUCUUGAAGAAGCAUACUCGCUCGCCACAAAAGCUCACGAUCUGGUAUCUGCAGGCAAACCUACUCACGCAAGUGUGAUGGCUGCACAGUACCGGCUGGGAUGGAUUGCUAUGCUCCAAGGCAAAAAUGACCUUGCGUUGCAACACUUUGAGAAAUCGCUAGUUAUUUCGAGGAUGAAUGAGCAGCAUAGAGGGAACUCGGGCGAGUCGGCGAGAAUUCAAUGGCGUAUGUCACAAGCUUUGGAGCGCAUGGGCAGAGAAGAAAAUGCCCUGAGUCUUUGGGAGGCCGCUGUAAAGGUCAAAACCAGUCUGCUUGCUACCGGCGACUAUGCUCAAGUUGAAGACGAAGACGAUUCUUGGGAUGCGCUAGUCGGGUUGCUAUAUCGUUGA